AUGCCGGGGCCGGGGCCGGGCCCGGGGCUGGGGUCGUUGCCCUUUCGAGCUGAAGGCUACUCGCUCAGCUCGCCACCGCUCGUCGACUGCCUUACGAGGCAGACAGCCGAAGAUGACGACGACCACGCCGGGCCGGGCCGGGACGGGCCGGGCCGGGCCCGGCCAACAACUUUUCUAGGCCAAGUGCUGGUGCGUCUGUGCACUUUUGGCCGCUGCGUACCGAAGCCGGCAAGCCGUAUGUCGCUCGCCGUUGCCAAGUCAAGUAACAAGCCUUCGCACGUCGCCGCCGCCGCUGCCGCCGCUGCCGCCGUUGCCGUUGCCACCGCCGCCGCCCCUGCCGCCGCCGCCGCCGCCGCCGCCGAGGCUAUUAGACUUCGACUGCAACUUCGCUUUGGCGGCGGCAACGACUUCGACAGAUAUGCAUAA